AUGGCGCAGCUGGGAGAUCCGAGAAGGGGUGGCCAUCGUCCAGUGUCUGCUUCGACCACCUGGCCAUCCCGCCCGGCCUCCUCGAUGUCGCGACCGAAGUCAGCGCUUUCGCAAGGAACCAGCAGGAGAAGCUCCAGGCCGCCAUCAGUCAACUCCUUGACAGCUCGCUUCAAGAACUUGCAAGAGACGGUGGAGCGAAAUCAGGAGACCCUCAAGUCUCAUCGGCACGGACUCGAAAUGGUUGUAAAAUCGCGCCAGGACCGCGUUCAGCGCAUGGCAGAUGAGCUGCUGAGUAGUAUCAAGACUAUGUAUGAGCAAAGGGAGGCUGAGAGAAACAAGUAG